UAUCAAGUAAAAGAAGGGAAGCCAUAAAACAAUGCAAAGGUCUAGUAGGUAGCAAAUAUAAGAGAAAGAAUAUAGAAUCAUAGACUUGAAUCCAAAAUGCUCAAUGAUGGUGCUAAUCAUGUCUCAAUUGAGAAGUCCUUUACAUCAAAGGAGGGUGAUAGGUUCUUCUCAAGGCUAAUGUCUAAAGAAACCUCCAUGGCUAACUCUUCUUCAAGGGUCUUUUAUUAUGGAGAAACAUCAAUUGCAGUUCCUUUCAUGUGGGAGGCACAACCUGGCACCCCAAAACACCCUUCUUCUGAGACUUCUCUACCUCCCCUUACACCCCCACCUUCAUAUUAUUCCAAUUCCAAGUCCAAUAUCAAGAGAAGAAACUCAAAGGCCAAAAUAUUUUCAUGUUUUUUGCCAAAGUUUAUAGGGUCAAGAAAGUCUCAUCCUAAUGUGUCACCAGCAUCAUCUCGCUCAUCUUCCUCAUCCUCAUCAUCAUCAUGGUCAUUGGUGUACCCAGCAUACUCAUAUGCCAUGAAAGACACGGAUCAAGGAAGCAUCUCUUUCUCACGCUCGUCAACUGUUGGCUCAUUUCUGAAACAUAAAACUUCAAACGGGUUUAGAGGUUGCAAUGCCUUUGGGAACAUAAAGAAUGCAAUUGUAAGCCAUGGAUCAGUCUAGUUUGUGAAGGUAACAUUGUUACAAAUUAUUUUUUCUACAUGGUUUUGUAGAAAAUCUUUGAAAAUGUAGUUGUUUUGACGGUGAUUGUGUGGGUUUAAAUGUCGGACAUGAUGAUUUCAUAUCUCAUGAUUUAGUUUAAGAAUGUAUAUGCUUCGAAUUUGAAUCCCUUUUUUCAAUAUAA